AUUCACCAGUACGAUAUGGAUGACAAAGCUGCUAUGGACGGUAAACGAGAAGACGAAGACGUACCGACGUCGAAUGACUUUAAUCAGACAUCAAGAACAGGAUAUGCAGGAAUAGAUGAUUGGUUCAUAACUACGAAUCUAAAUCUGCAUAAAAAGAUACAAAUUUCGACAUUUGAGAAAAUUGCAAUAUGCUUAUCUUGGCUCAUCGUUGUCAUCACCUUUCCCUUGAGCAUGUUUUUUUGUUCUGGUACGAUCGCCGAAUAUCAACGAGCAGUUAUCUUUCGUCUAGGGCGAGUAAGGAGAGGAGCAGAAGGGCCGGGUCUUUUCUGGUAUUUGCCUUGCAUCGAUUCCUACAGAAUUGUGGACUUGCGUACCAGAGUGAUGGUCAUCCCCACUCAGGAAAUGCUCACCAAAGACUCGGUCACAGUUAGUGUCGAUGGUGUGGUGUUCUACCAUAUAAUUAACUCGUUGAGUUCGACAGUGAGAAUCCAUGAUGUGCACGAGGCUACUCUCCUCAUAGCUCAGACAACGCUGCGUAAUGUCGUGGGUGGGAAAAAACUUCACCAACUCUUGACCUCCAGGGAAACGUUGUCCGAAGAAAUAGGCAUUGCUGUCGAGCGGGCUUCUGAGAAGUGGGGUGUGAAAAUCGAUCGAGUUGCACUUAAGGACAUUAAUCUACCGGAAAUACUUCAUCGAACCAUGGCCAGCGAGGCAGAGGCUUUGCGGGAAGCUCGUGCGAAGAUCAUUUCUGCAGAAGGAGAGCUUAAUGCAUCGCAAGCUUUGAAGGAGGCAUCCGACGUGAUGGCCAAAAAUAAAAUUACUCUGCAGUUACGGCACUUGCAGAUCUUAACAUCAAUUUGCCAUGAACGCAAGCUUACGAUUGUCUACCCAUUUCCAAUGGAUAUUCUGACUGGAUUCGCACAAACUACGGCUAAUAGUCCGGCUGACACAAAAUUGCCAAAAAAGGAGGAAGUUGCGAUGGAGGUUCCGCAACAAAAAGAAUCUGUCGUAUCAAUUAUUACGAACGUGUUAGAACCAUUUAUGAGAAAUCAGACAGAUAUUAGGGAAGGUGAAUCUUUUCAGGGAACACAAGACGCUAAUGUUUCCAUAUAUAAGGACUUCAUAGAAAGUACAACAGCCCUUGCCAAAUCUCAAAGCAAAUAUGAAAAUCCAGAUUCUGAUGAUUUGCCAGAAACUUCCAGUCUUAAUCCACGUGGAACUCAAACCGAUCCGAAGAGGCGCAAGUGAUAUGGAUUGCCCGUUUCUCAGCUUAAUAUAAAAUGACAACAUUUUAAAUGUGUACAAGACAACCGAGACUUGAAAGCAAAUCAAGUGUCUCCUGCACAGAGAACAAAUUUUUUACACUAACAAAAAUUUAAUCUACGAUGUUGCUUCAUUGUACACAUUAAGCACAGCGCGGUUCAUUGAAGCACUGUAAUCAGAGAUAAAAUACUAAUGCAUUACUUCCCCCCUAAUCUGAUUUUCAUAAUUCGCGAAUGGCAGUUGCAACAAAAUGUUGCCUCAUACGAGUCGCUCGUGACACUCGUCUAUGUUAAUGUGCUUCAAAUGUGUUUGUGCACCGUAAAUUAGCAAGGAAAGUUAAUCUCAACGUGCCAGUCGAUGCAAAAGGAAACGCUGAGGAAUACAACCAACAAAAAUUUCAAAAA